AACCAACCAACUACGCUCGUGUCUUGAGCUUCAUCGCAGCUUGAACAUUGCAUUUUAUCCUGCAAAUUUAUUCUUCUCUACUUCCACUUCUAACACAAUCCUCAAUUCUACAUUGCCGACCACGUCAAGCCAUGAAAUUAUAGUCACCGCGACUUCACAACCUCAACGAGCUCCACCGUUUCAAAGCCCCAGCUCGUACGUAACCUUCCACCAUUUCAACUACCCAGCAUACCAAAAUCAAAAGGCUCCAUUCGACGUGUUAUACAAUGGCUCUGCAAACCGCGCCAGGCGGCAAAGUAGACCGCCAAACCACUACUCCAUUUCUUCUCAAGCUCUUCUACCGCACCGGUAGCUUCCACAGACUCGACGAAUUCCACCCCACAGGCCCACUACCACCGCAUCUACAAAUCUACACCUGGUCAUCCUGCACACUGCGCGAGCUUUCGCACCUCUUGACAUCCGCACUGCCUACUCUUCUCCCCGACCCUGUCAUCGGCACGCGACUCGCGUUUCGGCUCAUAUUCCCGGACACGCGGAGCGGCGGGGGCCCGGACGCUGGGCGGCCGGGAGGAGGUCGAUACGUGAGUAAAGAGCUGGGCAGCAUCGUCGUUGGGGCCGGAGGGCCAGGGAUCCUGCCAACAGAAGAUGAAGCGAGCAUUGUAGCGGACGGGCCCAUGGCUGGGGAAUUGGGAGGCGAGCCAGACAAGAGUCUGGGCGACGCGCGGUUCGUGAUUGGCGAUUAUGUUUCCUGCGCAAUAUUCCCGCCGCUCGCGGACGGGUCGGUGGCUCCCGUCCCGGGUCCGAGAGGGCCGGGAGGACCAGGAGGGCUGGGAUUGCCGGGCAGACAAGGGAACAUGAGCGACUUUGGAGGCGGGAGGGGCGGUGUCCUGGGUGGUCCAAGAGAGAAUGGGUUCGGCGGGUUCAGAGUCAGAGGCGGACCGAGAAUGGGCGGCGGCGGUAGCGGCGGAGGCAGUAGCGGUGGUGGUGGAGGAGGCAUUCCAAGCGGAGAGUGGAGAAGAGGCGAAAGAUUACCGGAUGGUCCAGCGGCAGGGGGCGGCCGGUUUUAUGGCCGUGGGAGAGGAAGAGAUUAUUAGGUGUGUGCCAUGGUGUUGGAAGGGGGUAGUAUGGGGAUUAUGGACUCGUUCCCCCUUCUCCAUCUCUCUCUUUUCUUUGAUCAAGUGUAUUAUUUCCCCGCAGGAAGAAACGGCGUACCGGUUUGAUAGUUAGACAUUGCGAAUC